GGUCGUUCAUUCAAGCACGUAAAGGUCAGUGAAAAAACCAACAGGCGGUGAUAUUACAAUAACUGUAGUGGUUUCCACGGGUUUUCAGAAGAUAUGGAAGGCCAGGGAGCAACAGCUGACCCCCAGCUUCAACACUUUAUCGAAAUCGAGUCUCAGAAACAACGAUUUCAGCAGCUGGUGCAUCAGAUGACUGAGGUUUGCUGGGACAAGUGUAUGGAUAAACCAGGACCAAAGUUGGAUUCCAGGACUGAAACAUGUUUUGUAAACUGCGUUGAGCGGUUUAUUGACACCAGUCAAUUCAUCCUUAAUAGACUGGAGCAAACCCAGAGGGGCAGAGGUGCAUUCUCAGAGUCAAUGUUAGAAUAAAAACUGUGACCGGAAGGUUGGGGAAAACGCAGACGGCCACGGCUCUGAGAGGAGGCUGUUGAUCCCAGUGCUGCCGUCAGUCCAGUACGCUGAAGAGACGUUCAACCAGCUGGAAAAGUGUUACUUUGACUCAAGUGCCUGACAUUCAAACCUUGUAGGGUUUUACUAGGUCUCUGCUGGAAUAUGAGUGUGGUGCGUUUGCUGGCUGUCAAGAUCAUUAAGUUACAAAUUCAAACGCUAAAACUAAGUUUGAACAUUUGAGUUUUUGGAAACAUGUUUUGGAAGCUUGCCAAAUGUUUUAACAGCUACAAGGACUAAAACAAUCUUGUUCAUUAAAAGACCCUUCGUUGUCCUGACUGGAGAGACGUGCACAAAAGUUAAAGAUUCUGGACUGUAAAUAUGAAAUAAACCAAA